AUGACUCGCCUUAAUCCCUUCUCGUUUACACCAGGGCCAGUCAUCUUCUUUACCACCGUCAUCUACGUGGGCCUCUUUGCUGCUCUGCUCAUUACCCACCUGACGGUACCGAACUACCCGUCUAAUCCGCCAGCCGGCAUCAACCUCACCGAAGCGUGGAAUGAUCUCCAGCACAUCACUCGCCGCUUCCACCCCUAUAACAGCCAGGCCAACGACGAUGUACGCCAGCAUCUACUGGUGCGCAUCAGGAGAAUCGUCACUUCGAAGGACCUGGGAGAGGGCGAUGUCGAGAUUUACAACGAUUUGACCUCCAACGCGACCUUUUCGUCUGGUAGCACCUCUGUCUAUUUCGAAGGUACUAAUCUCAUUGUCGCCAUCCGCGGGUCCGACGACGACGAAUCCUUCAAUUCUACUGAUCGCAGUCCGGAUAACGGCGGCGUACUUGUGAAUGCCCAUUAUGACUCUGUCAGCAGUGGAUACGGUGCGACUGACGAUGGUGUGGGUGUUGUGACAAUAUUGCAACUUCUAUCAUAUUUCACAGAACCUAAGAACUGGCCUAAAAGGACUGUGGUACUACUGCUCAACAACGGUGAAGAGGAUUAUCUCAACGGCGCGAAAGCUUUCAUGAGAAACCCGAUAUCUCAGAUUCCGCACACAUUUGUGAAUCUUGAGGGUGCAGGGGCCGGUGGCAGAGCUACCUUGUUUAGAAGCACCGAUACCGAAGUUACUAGAUUCUACAGGAAGUCGAAGUAUCCCUUCGGUACAGUCGUGAGCGGAGAUGGUUUUAAGAAAGGUCUCAUCCGGAGCGAGACUGACUACAAAGUCUUCCAUGGCGAACUCGGACUGCGAGGGUUAGAUAUUGCGUUCAUGGAGCCCAGGGCACGAUACCACACCGUUGAAGACUCCACACGCGAAACCUCGAUGAAUUCGCUCUGGCACAUGCUUUCAGCGGCUCUGGCUUCCACAUCUGGAUUAGCGUCCAUCACCAGUGAUGAGUUCAGUGGCUUAGAAAGCCUUGAUAACGGCAGAGUCAAUGCCGGAACGGGCAGUGACGGUGUAUGGUUUGAUCUCUUCGGAAGAGUUUUUGUUGUUUUCCAACUACAUACUCUUUUCGCUUUGUGUGUUACUUUGCUGGUUGUGGCACCUCUCACACUAAUAGGGUUGACUUUUGGUCUCUCAAAGGCCGACAAGAACUACCUGUUGGCGCGAAAGGCCUAUGUUUAUUCAUCCGACGACGAUAAUCCGGUGCACCUAUACGGCUGGCGCGGCUUCUUCCGCUUCCCCGUCAUCUUUGUUUCAGCGUCUGCUGUUGUGGUCGCAUUAGCAUAUCUCAUAGUCCGAUUCAAUGCCUUCAUCGUGUAUAGCAGCCCAUUUGCUGUCUGGAGUAUGAUGCUCUCGGCCUGGACCUUUGUCGCAUGGUUCCUUGCCCGAGGAGCUGAUGCGAUGCGACCAUCUGCACUGCAGCGCAUGUACGCUUUGAUCUGGCUUUUCGUUGGCUCCUUUGUUCUUCUCACUAUCAUUACGGUAUUCGUGAAUGACUACCAGGUUGCUGCCGGUUACCCUGCGUUCUUCUACUUUGUGGCAGUAUUCGCCGCCAUCCUGCUCUCCUACCUUGAACUCUUCCUCGCUCCAGCCAAAUCCUCAUAUGCGCGCCACUUCGAACAAGAAAACGAAUCGCGGCGCAAUUCAGAGUCCGCAAGCAGGCCCCUUACGGGCAGCACCACCGCAGCACGGUCUGAUGAUCGUCCCAUGGGAGAUGAUGACGCAACAGAGACUACGUCGCUUUUACGAGGCGAUCGACGUGGAUUCACAAGAUAUGGCGGCAACAGGCGAGACUCCAUCAGCGAGGGAGGCGAAGAUCAUGCACAAGGGCCUAGGCGAAUAGAUCUCGGCAACGUGUAUCCUGGAGAGCAAGAGUGGAGCGGCAAAUUACCGAGCUGGAUCUGGAUUGUUCAACUGCUACUCUUGGCGCCUAUCGUGAUCAUCUUAGUUGGACAGGUCGGACUACUUCUCACCUCGGCCCUUUACCAAACGCCAUCAGACGGUAAUUCGCCUUUGUUCAUCUACCUUGCAUUCGCAGCGCUCACUGUGCUACUGCUCACGCCAACCGGUCCUUUUAUCCACCGCUUCACAUACCACAUCCCCACCUUUCUGUUCCUAAUAUGCGUCGCAACCGUCAUUUACAACCUUGUGGCGUUCCCGUUCAGCAGGGAUCAUCGUUUGAAAGUCUACUUCGUUCAGCGAGUUAAUUGCGAGACCGGCGAUAACAUUGUGUCCUUGACCGGCUUGGACGGCUAUGUGCAACGCAUUGUUGGCGAGUUACCCAGUGCGCAAGGCAAACAGCUUAAUUGUACGACUCCCGAGGUUGCGACGCGUAAGGAGCUGAAGACGUGCGAAUGGCAGGGUCUUGACGCUAAAGUCGUCCCAAAGCCAGCGCAUGCAUCGUCAACCCGCAACAACACAUACAUCAACAACUGGCUCGACUACUCGAUCCUCAAAGGCAACAGCUCUAACAAAGCGACGAUACAGGUUGUUGGCCAUAAUACGCGCGCAUGUCGCCUCGUUUUCGACUCGCCCAUCACAGCAUUGAGCGUCGCUGGCGCUGUUUCAGAUCCUCGCUUCAAACCCGUCGGUGCGGACGGCGCCCGGGAAGUGCGAUUGUGGCAUCGCGAAUUUGGUCAGCCCUGGAACGUUAGCGUGACGUGGAACGCCAAAGAACAAUCGAAACUUUCUGGAAGGGUCGUGUGCCUCUGGUCGGACGCCAAUACAGGCGACAUCCCUGCUUUCGACGAAGUGCAGCACUAUCUGCCUGUAUGGGCAAUACCGUCCAAGAUUAGCGAUGGCUUGGUCGAGGGCUUUAAGCAGUUCGAAAUUUAG